AUGGACGCGGCCGAAGUGGAGUUUCUGGCCGAGAAGGAGCUGGUGACCAUUAUCCCGAACUUCAGUCUGGACAAGAUCUACCUCAUUGGGGGAGAUCUGGGGCCCUUUAACCCUGGCUUACCGGUGCAAGUGCCUCUGUGGCUGGCGAUUAACCUGAAACAAAGGCAGAAGUGUCGGUUGCUUCCUCCGGAGUGGAUGGAUGUGGAAAAGCUGGAGAAGAUUAGGGAUCAUGAACGAACGGAAGAAACUUUUACCCCUAUGCCUAGCCCUUACUACAUGGAACUGACCAAACUCCUGCUAAAUCAUGCUUCAGACAACAUCCCCAAAGCCGACGAGAUCCGCACCCUGAUCAAAGAUGUGUGGGACACUCGCAUAGCCAAGCUCCGGGUGUCCGCUGACAGCUUCGUGAGGCAGCAGGAGGCGCAUGCCAAGCUGGAUAACUUGACCUUGAUGGAGAUCAACACCAGCGGGGCUUUCCUCACACAGGCGCUCAAUCACAUGUACAAACUCCGCACAAACCUGCAACCUUCUGAAAGUACCCAGUCUCAGGACUUCUAG